AUGUCACGCGAUGGCAUCAUGGUUGUGCUCAGUGCUGAGAAACUCUCGAGCAAACUCUCAAACCCCAGGAAACUAUUCGUUUCCAACAGCCUGGUGCUGGUACCCAUGCCUGCCGGCAGGAAGAGCAAGAAAACCCUGGCUGCAGCAGCUUCCUGCAAAAAUCCAAGUUUCGGGGGAGUGGUUCGUUUCCAGCCGUUGCUCAGCCAAAGAAAAGGAGAAUGGGGGCAUGGAGCCAUGGACGGAUAUGGGAAAGCGGCUCAGGUGGCACACGGAUACGGCGGGUUUUUCAUGACUCUCACUUUCGGUUACAUUGUGACCCCUGACAAGGAGCUCCAGUUUCUGAAUGGGACCGCCCCUCUGAGGGUCUUUUCCCGACCGUUUCUGUCAAUCCAAUAUCCCGGAGUCAGCUUGGUCUUUGUUUCAUAA